AUGGCAGAGAAGGAGGCCACCGGAAAGCUCGAAAAGCAAGACCUUGCUUUGGAGCUCGGAUGGCAGUAUCUUGAGGAAGACAAAGCAGAGAAAAAGGCAGAUACAACGCUCUCACAUCACAGCAUUGAUGCACUGCAAGCACUUCGCGAGGACUUUGUGGAUACAGACUGGGGACAAGUGUAUUACGAUACUGGGGAAGAUGCAGACGAUGAAAUCAGCACGGACGAUGACUAUGAAGAAAUCCACCCUCUGAACGUUAGAAAAGCUAAGACCAGUAACGAAAAUGACCAAGAUUCUGCUGAGGCCGGUCACACAGCACCCAUAGCUUUGAAACACAACUUACCUCGAGCUCCCACACCGUAUCCUGAACCUCUCUCGGUGCAGCAAGUUUCCGACCUUCUACAUCCUUCACCACCGCUACGUCGCCGCAAAGGCUCGAUGGCUUUAGGAAAGAAAAUAUCCGAUAGCGCUACUGCUCAUAGCAUGAUGUCUAAGACAGAGGAAACCCAGGAAGCGCUCUAUAGCAAUGAUCAGGACCGCGCUGCGGUGAAUAACAAGAACAGCGACGCAUAUCUAACCCCUACUCAUCGUGGCAAGAUGUCCAAAGCACAUGACAACCAGGACCCAUCCUCUGGUGAAGACCAGGGCAAUGCAGCAGAGAUUGGCCAGAGCAGCGAGACUUCCACAAACUCCAAAAAUCACGUCGUGAAGCACAAGACCAGCGGCUUUCCGAAGGCGGACGCUGUGUUGGGUUAUGGCGAGGAAGAUAAGAUCACCCCAAAGAAGACGAUGACAAACCUGAUCACAUCGCCCAAGGCUAGUCACGAGAAAAAGUCCUUUAGAAAAUUAUUCCAUCGCAAGGAAAGCACGGAGUCUACAACUCCCCCUUCUUCUUCGGCAAAGACUGCAGCUCGUAUGACAAUCUCGGCACCGACCCUCGUUGACGCCUCACCCAAUGCCAAAGUUCUCCUAAACUCGGCACACCUCCUAGUUGACGCUUCACCAGACGGCAAGAAUGUGGUGAACUAUUCGAGACCAAUUGCGCCUCAUUCCUCGAGCGAUGUAUCCAAUGGAUCACCCGUUGUACGUAGCCGUUCAGAGGCUGUAUUCGAUCGUUCGAUUCCAUUUUCGGGUCCGUAUACAAGCCCUGAAGGACUUACUGACAAGUCUGGAAAUAUCCCAGUCGAUCUCAACACCUCAUUGAUCUAUGACCAUUCCAACGCUUCAGCUGUACGCGGACACCAAGCUGCUGAUGAGCGUGGUGAUAUUCCCGAGACCUCAGCUACCGAGAAGAAUCCAGACGCCAGUGACAGUGACUCAUUCAACCCAUCAGAUUACUCCGGCGAUGAGAAUAGUGUCCAACAAGCAGUAGCGAUGCCAAUUGUCUUCAGCGGAAAAGCCAAGCUUGUUGACGUCCGCCCACCUCGUGGAACCAAUACUGCAGCUUCAGGCAAUCGAUCAGGCGUGGGUCUUGCUAUUGCUCCUGGUACAGCACAAAUCACGGACCAUGAUGCUGAGGCCCUGGGAGCGCAGGAUGCCGACCGUUACUGCCGCAAUGCCAUGACUUCACAGACUCGUCCAACCACCAUCACUACGGACGAUCCAUUUAUCGAUCCAGCGUACCAGAAACUGCUGGCAAAGCCGGCGAACGAGAUCGCUGCCAAAGAAAUGGCGAGGAUCAAGGCUGCUCGCGAGGCUGAAAACAUGGGUGGUGGCUUAAUGGAUAGGAUGAACGCUUUGCUCGCCAAGAGUAAUGCGAAGCCAGCAGUCAAGAGCACCGGCGACGCAACCACCGGUCCUCGUACCACCACGAGUGAGAGUCUGUUGUCGAAGAUGCGUGCGCUUGCGAAGAAACCCAAGAAAGGGAAAGAGCAAGAGGACAGCGAAGAGGAAGUCGUCCGUAAAGUCAAAGCUGAAAAGGAGCGUGGUCUCCGUGAAGAAAAGGAGAUCAAUGCGAUAAUCAAGGCCAAGCUGGCCACGAAAGAUGCAGCUAACGGGGGUGUCCGUGGUGCUGGAAUCCCACGUAUCGACUACGGACCGCCCAACCCGCGCACCGCACUCGGUGGAUCCGGCCCCACAGAUGAAGAACGUGCCCAUGCUCGUACCCUCGCAGACCGUCGUGCAGCAGGUCUGGCUACUGGUCAUAUUCCGAAUCACAAGGAUAAUACUACAGCUCGCGGACAGUUCGAGGGAUACUAG